AUUGCAGUUCCAGCUUGGCGUGUGAGACACAGCUGAAGCAGACAACACACUGACCUCCUCGCUCCCCAAAGACAACCUGUGCAUUGGACUUCCAUAACAAAAGUUUCUCCCACUCAGUUCUCUUUGUCUUCUCUCCACUUUCCUCUUUCCCGUCUAUCCUUCAUCGAUCACCAUCUGAUCUUCACCAUGUCGUACGGAUACCCUGGACAAGGCUACGGCCCCGGUGGGGGACACCACCAACCUCCCCCUCCUCAGUGGGAUGACCAGCAGCAGCAACACUACCAGCAAGGAGGCUAUGGCUAUUCAAACCCGGGACAGGGCCAGUACAACCCUCAGCCUCCUCACGAACAGGGCUACGGAGGAUAUCACCAACAACCUCCCCCUCCUCAGUACAACGAAGGGCAGUAUCCCCCACAGCAACAUCACCAACAGGGACACUCCCAACGCCCCUCUGGUCCGCCUCCCGAUGGCUAUGAUACCUAUGGCUACCCAAUCGGUUCUGGUCACCAGGCUCGUGACCAGGGACAGCACGAGAUUCACGGGAUUCCCCAGGGCACCCAGCAGUUCGGCCAUGGUGCUCCUGAAAACUAUAGCUUCCAGUACUCCAACUGCUCAGGUCGCCGCAAGGCAUUGCUGAUUGGCAUCAACUACUUCGGCCAGGAUGCCGAGUUGCGCGGCUGCAUCAACGACACCAAGAACGUCUCCGCCUUCCUCGUCGAGAACUAUGGCUAUAAGCGCGAGGAUAUGGUCAUUCUUACCGAUGACGCCACGAACCCCCUCUUGCAGCCUACAAAGGAGAACAUGCUUCGUGCCAUGCAGUGGUUAGUCGCUGGUGCUCAACCCAACGAUGCCUUGUUCUUGCAUUACUCCGGCCACGGUGGGCAGACUAAAGAUACCGACGGCGAUGAGGAAGACGGCUUUGACGAGGUCAUCUACCCCGUUGACUUCAAGACCGCCGGCCACAUCGUCGACGAUGAGCUUCACUAUACUAUCGUGAAGCCCCUCCAACCUGGUGUGCGAUUAACUGCCAUCUUUGACAGCUGUCACUCCGGCUCCGUUCUUGAUUUGCCCUAUAUCUACAGCACCAAGGGCGUGGUCAAGGAGCCUAACCUUGCCAAAGAGGCUGGUCAAGGUCUGCUCGCGGCUGUUGGCUCCUAUGCUCGUGGCGAUCUUGGAGGCAUGGCUAGCAGCCUGUUCUCCGUCGCUAAGACAGCGUUUGGCGGCGGCAAUGAGGCCUAUGAGCACACCAAGCGGACAAAAACAUCGCCUGCCGAUGUUAUCAUGUGGAGUGGUAGCAGGGACGACCAGACUUCGGCCGACGCGACCAUCGCGUCCCAGGCCACGGGUGCCAUGUCCUGGGCCUUCAUCUCCGCCAUUAAGGCGAACCCCAAGCAGAGCUACGUGCAGCUGCUCAACAGCAUCCGCGACGUGCUCGAGACUAAGUAUACGCAGAAGCCUCAGCUCUCCAGCAGUCACCCAAUCGACGUCGACAUGCUCUUCGUCAUGUGAUUUCCGCCGGCAAUAU